CCCGGAAACGGAAUGUAGUGGCGCUGUUAUAUUUAUUUUGCCAGGCCGCAAAGUAGUGAAGUUAAACAACAUACUUAAUUGUUGUGUUUCUUUAAGUUAAUUUCUUCGGUUAGAUUAAUUAUUUAUUUUUUGUUAAUCAAUUAAUAUUAACUAGUGAAAAUGGGUAAAAUUAUGAAACCUAACAAAGUUGUGCUCAUACUGAGUGGACGUUAUGCUGGCAGAAAAGCAAUGAUUCUUAAGAAUCACGACGAAGGUACAUCAGAUAGAGCCUACAGUAAUGCAGUUGUUGCUGGUAUUGAUAGAUAUCCUAGACCGAUCAAAAAUCGUAUGUCAAAGACGAAGCGUGUCAAGCGUAAUAAGAUCAAGCCUUUCAUUAAGACUUACAAUUACGUUCAUCUGAUGCCAACCAGAUACGCUAUAGAUAUUCCUUUGAAUAAAGGUGUUCUUGGCAAAGAUGUUACUAAAGACCCACUCAAGAGGAAAAAGGCAUUGAGAGACAUUAAGGCCUCAUUUGAGAGCAGUUAUAAAGAAGGAAAAUAUCGAUGGUUUUUCAAGAAAUUACAAUUCUGAGCUAUCAAUUUAAGGUUAUAUAUACAAAUAAAAGCGAAACCAAUUGUUUCAAAUAGAAAAUUA